UUACAGGGUGUAAGAUCUCUGCUGGAAAACACACGACGGGAAGAUUUGAAGCAGUCAAGAGAAGGGACAGGAACUCGGUGAGUCUUGUUUUUGAGAGACAUUUAGAUACAAAGACAGAUGGCUGAGAAAACUGCUCUUUUAGAAAGUUACCUGAACUGCCAUAUGUGUUCAGAGACUUUCAGAGAUCUUGUGUCUCUGAGCUGCAACCACAGCUUCUGUUCAAGCUGCCUGCACGCAUUCUGGGAACAAGCUAACAACAAAAACUGUCCCAUUUGUAAAACAAAGUCCUUAACGGAUGAACCAGCAGUGAACUUUGCACUGAAGGAACUGGCUGAUAACUUUGCUGGAAGACAGAAAUCUGGAUCAUCUGAGACGGGAAAAGAAAAGAAGAAAGUGGAGGUGGUGGGUGAUAAACAUCCAGAAGUGCCUUAUUGGUUCUGUAAGGAUGAAGAUAGAGCUGUGUGUCCUGUCUGUGAGUUUUCUCUCCACCACGGUCACACGGUGGUUCCUGUAGAACAAACAGUCAGAGAUCUGAAGGAGCAGCUGAAAUCUGACUUACAGUCUCUGCAGGACAAGAGGGACAAACACAGACGAGUGGAGGAAACAUACGAUGAAAUAAAUCAACACUCCAAGAAGCAGCUGCUGUCUACAGAGAGUCAGAUCAGAGCCGAGUUCAACAAGCUGCACCAGUUCCUGAAAGAGGAAGAGGAGUCCAGACUGGCAGCUCUGAGGAAGGAAGAGCAGCAGAGGGGGAAGACUGUCAGCAGAGAGAUGAAGAGGAUUCAGGAGCAGAUCUCCUCUCUGUCAGACAGCAUCUCUGCUGUGGAAGCAGAGCUGCAGAAAGACAGCGUGCCGUUCCUCAGCAGUUAUAAAGCCUCUCAGAGCAGAGCCAGAGUCCAGUGCUCGCUGUCAGAUCCACAGCUGCUCUCAGGAGCGCUGACAGAUGUGGCCAAACAUCUGGGCAACCUGUCCUUCAGAGUCUGGGAGAAGAUGAAGGACAUGGUCCACUUCUGUCCAGUCAUUUUGGAACCAAACACUGCAGCCUUCAGUCUCCAUCUGUCUGAUGAUCUGACCAGUGUGAGACGUGGAGACACAAAGCAGAAGCUUCCAGACAAUCCAGAGAGACACAGCAGGUAUGCAGAGGUUCUGGGCUCUGAGGGUUUCAGCUCAGGGAAACACAGCUGGGAGGUGGAGGUGGGAGAUUAUCCUGACUGGCUUGUGGGUUUAGCCAAAGAGUCAGCUGACAGGAAGGGAAAAAGAGGUGUUUCACCAGAAUAUGGAAUCUGGUGUUUUAAAUAUCACAAUGGAAAAUACACUGAUGGAUCUGGUAAGACCCUCACAGUGAAGAAGAGUCUCCAGAGGAUCAGAGUCCAGCUGGACUAUAAGGGGCGGGAGGUGUCCUUCUACAAUGCUGAAGACAUGACUCACAUCUACACUCACAGAGACACUUUCACUGAGAAACUCUUUCCUUAUUUCAGUAUGGGAAAGGCUGGUGAUGCUAAAACUGCAGAAAUCAAAAUCUGUCCAGCUGAGAUUUCUCUGUCAGGUUUAAAGAACUCCGAGAAGGUGGAGAGAAAGUUGUUUAUUAGUCGUAAAAAAAAAUAAGAACUGAUG